AUGAGGACAAACAAAAGUUGGGUCAGUGGAGAUUUCAUCCUGGUUGGCUUCUCAGAUCAGCCCCGGCUGGAAAGAACACUCUUCAUCAUUGUUUUGAUUUCUUAUCUUCUUACUCUCGUGGAGAAUACAAUAAUCAUUCUGGUCUCUUCAAUAGACCCUAAACUCAAAACACCCAUGUACUUUUUCCUUAUGCAUCUCUCCCUGGUUGACAUCUGUUUCACCACGAGCAUUGUCCCUCAGCUGCUGUGGAACCUGCAAGGACCAGCCAAGACCAUUACGGCCUGGGGCUGUACUGUGCAGCUCUACAUCUCCCUGGCUCUGGGCUCCACCGAGUGUGUGCUCCUGGCAGUGAUGGCUUUUGACCGCUAUGCUGCUGUCUGCAAACCUCUCCACUAUGCAACAGUGAUGAACCGGCAGCUCUGCUGGGCUCUGGCAGGAGUCUCGUGGCUCAGUGGGGUAGGAAACGCUCUGAUCCAGGGCACCAUCACCCUCCGGCUUCCCCGCUGUGGCCACCGAUGGCUGCACCAUUUCUUCUGUGAGGUCCCCUCCAUGAUUAAGCUAGCAUGUGUGGACAUCCGUGCCAACGAGGUCCAGCUCUUUGUGGCCUCACUGGUCCUGCUGCUCUUGCCUUUAGCCCUGAUCCUGACGUCCUAUGGACACAUAGCCAAGGCAGUUAUGAGGAUUAAGUCAGCCCAAGCCUGGCACAGAGCCCUGGGCACCUGUGGAUCUCACUUGACUGUGGUGACCCUCUUCUACGGGAGCAUCACAGCCAUCUACAUCCAGCCUAACAGUUCCUACGCCCAAACCCACGGGAAGUUCAUCUCCCUCUUCUACACAGUCAUGACCCCGACCCUAAAUCCUCUUAUCUACACACUGAGGAAUAAGGAUGUGAACGGAGCUCUGGGAAGGCUCUUUUUCAGAGACCCAGGAGUGUGCAAGCAAAGCAGAGGCCCCGCUUUCUGCGUUUUUAUGACAAGAGGAUCCUGA